AUGAAUGCAGCAUUUGCUCUCAUCGUGCUAUUGCUCAUGAUUGCUGCCACUUUUGCAACACCACAUUUAGAAGUCGAUCUCAACUACGAUUCCCAUCACGAUCCCCACCAAAAUCGUCAUUACUAUCGGCACCACGAUCCUCAUGCUGAUCCUCACUACGAUCCGCACCACCACGACCAUCAUCAUUAUUAA